AUGGAUGACCUGCCGGGUUUGGACAACCUGGUGGCCAACACUGCUUACCUGAGGGCUCAGCACAUAGAUCAUGAUAAACUGAGGAAACAGAGGCACUCCCUGAUGCUGCCCAAGCCAAGGAUGUCCUCUACUCUUGUGGCAGCGGUGGGGAGGAACUACGAGUCACUGUGUGAGCAACAGCCUAUUGGGAAGAAGUUGUUCCAGCAGUUUCUCCUGGCCUCCAACCCGCAGUACAAGGUCACUGCAGAGUUCCUGGAGGAGCUGAAUGACUGGAGCUUUGCUGAGGAUAAAGCCCGGGAGAAGGCCAUGCAGAGUCUCGUUUCUAAGUUCUGCAAGCCUGAGUCCAAGAGUUUUCUCUCCUACCUUACUGCAGAGGCAGCUGACAGAUGCAAUGACUUAUCAAACAAGAACUGUGAUGAGGAGAUAUUGGAUCAGAUAAGAGAAGCCACAAGAGACUUCCUGAGGGGAAAACCUUUCUCGGAGUAUCUCAACAGCCCCUUCUUUUACAGGUUCAUGCAAUGGAAGGAGUACGAGAAGCAGAGGGUCACUGACAAAUACUUUUAUGAGUUUAGGACUUUGGGAAAAGGUGGCUUUGGUGAGGUGUGUGCGGUGCAGGUGAAACACACUGGCAAGAUGUACGCCUGCAAGAAGCUGGAUAAGCGGCGCUUGAAGAAGAAAGGAAGCGAGAGGCUGGCACUUCAGGAGAAGGAGAUCCUUGAGAAAGUCAACAGCCUCUUCAUUGUAAACCUGGCCUACGCUUACGACAGCAAGAGCCACCUGUGCCUGGUCAUGGACCUCAUGAACGGAGGAGACCUCAGGUUCCACAUCUACGAGCUUGGGGUGCGGGGAAUUCGUCUGGAGCGUGUCGUUUACUACAUGGCUCAGAUAACCACCGGACUGCUCCACCUGCACUCCAUGGACAUCUUGUACCGGGAUAUGAAGCCUGAGAACGUUCUGCUGGAUGCUAAAGGGCAGUGUCGGCUGUCGGACCUCGGGUUGGCUGUGGAGCUGCCGAACGGCAAAACGAUCUGCCAGAGGGCUGGUACGACUGGUUACAUGGCCCCUGAGAUUCUGAAGCAGGAGUAUUACCGCACGUCUGUGGACUGGUGGGCUCUGGGCUGCAGCCUCUAUGAGAUGGUGGCUGCACGUUUGCCUUUUAAAGACUUCAGAGAAAAGGUGCAAAACGAGGAGGUGACUCGUCGCACUCUGGAGGAUGAGUGCAAGUUUGAACACAAGAACUUUGAUGCUCCCACAAAAGAUAUCAUCAGCCGCCUCCUCAAGAAGAAGGUGACUAAUCGCCUUGGGAGCCGUGGUGAAGACCCAAGAAACCAUCACUUUUUCAAGAGCAUCAAUUUCCUCCGUCUGGAGGCCGGGCUUUUGGAGCCCCCCUGGGUGCCAAAAUCCGACGUGGUCUAUGCCAAGGACAUGGGCAAGUUCAGGGACUCCUCAGAGAUCGAGGAUAUUAAGUUUGAGGCCAAGGAUGAGAAAUUCUUCAAGCAGUUCAGCACAGGCGCAGUGUCCAUCCAGUGGCAGAAGGAGAUGAUCGACAGCGGAGUGUUUGACGAAUUGAGCAACCCGAAAAUGAACAGCCUCGGCUGUGAGACUGUGUGGAAAUCCAGGAUGUGCAUUAUUGUGUAA